CGCUCGCAGGCUGGAGCCCGGGUCAGCUUUGGCAUCUACCUCCAGUCAGUGACCGACUCCUGGCUUAGGGUGCGCUGUGUUCGCCCCACGGCUGCCGUCCAUAUUCUCCCUCCUGCUACGGGAACGAGCCCCUCGUUUGGCGGGUUUAGGAAAAGCAAAGACAGGAGGAUUAAAAACAAGAAAGACCUGGCUGGGAUUGGGUGUUGUCUGCAGUGCCCGCAGAGGAGGCGGCGGCGGCUGCGACCACGGCCGCGCGGGACGUGAGGCCCGAGAGCAGUCGGCGGCGGCGGUGGCCGCCGCUCCAGUGCCUCGCGCCGGGGCCGUUAGUCAGCAGAACGCGAGCUCGUGCGGAGGAGCAGGGCCGGCGAGAAGCGAGACUUGGCAGCGCCAGCCGGGCCCUCUCGGGCGCCGCUGUCCUUGUAGGUCCCGGCGCCGGGGACUGCAGCUCCUGUCCCCCCUCUUGGGCCGGGCCCGUCCGCAGGCGGGGAGCGUCCGGCAUCCGGAACGAGGGACGCGUCUCGUGGGGGAUCCCGAGUCAGCGGACGUUCUCUCCCGACCCUUGGUGCCCGGCGCCUCGGCCGUGGCCGCUCAGGUGCAGAAGAUGAAUAAUCUUUCAUUUAGUGAGCUGUGUUGCCUCUUCUGCUGUCCACCUUGCCCAGGGAAAAUUGCUUCAAAAUUAGCAUUUUUGCCACCUGAUCCAACUUACACACUGAUGUGUGAUGAAAGUGGAAGCCGCUGGACUUUACACCUAUCAGAACGAGCAGACUGGCAGUACUCUUCUAGAGAAAAGGAUGCUAUUGAGUGUUUCAUGACUAGAACCAGUAAAGGCAACAGAAUUGCCUGUAUGUUUGUGCGUUGCUCGCCCAAUGCUAAAUACACUUUACUCUUCUCACAUGGAAAUGCUGUAGAUCUUGGUCAGAUGAGCAGCUUUUACAUAGGACUGGGAUCACGGAUUAAUUGUAAUAUAUUUUCAUACGAUUACUCUGGAUAUGGUGCAAGUUCUGGGAAGCCAACAGAGAAGAACCUCUAUGCAGAUAUUGAAGCUGCUUGGCUUGCUCUUAGAACAAGGUAUGGCAUCCGUCCUGAAAAUGUGAUUAUAUAUGGCCAAAGUAUAGGGACAGUACCGUCUGUGGAUCUUGCUGCUCGGUAUGAAAGUGCUGCUGUUAUUCUUCAUUCUCCUUUGACCUCGGGAAUGCGCGUUGCUUUUCCUGAUACCAAGAAGACAUACUGUUUUGAUGCAUUCCCAAAUAUUGACAAAAUCUCUAAAAUAACCUCUCCAGUAUUAAUAAUUCAUGGGACUGAAGAUGAAGUCAUUGACUUUUCACAUGGCCUCGCAUUGUUUGAGCGUUGCCAAAGACCUGUGGAGCCGCUGUGGGUUGAAGGAGCAGGACACAAUGAUGUGGAACUUUAUGGACAAUACCUUGAAAGGUUGAAACAGUUUGUGUCACAGGAACUGGUAAAUUUGUAAAAAUACUCUGUAAAUUCACAUACCGGGUUUUCUUUUCCUGAUGAACUGCACUCUUUGGUAAAUAACAUAAAACCUGAAGGUUUUGUUUACAAAUCAUGUCAGUUGCCUUCAUAAAUGUACAGGUAAUGAUUUGUUAACAGACUUAAUGAAGGUUUUAAUUACCAGAACUAGAAACUGGAAAUAAACAGUAUCAUGCAGUCAAGCUAUGUAAUUUAUAUUUUCUCUGUGAAUUUUUUUUUUUAAACAUCAAGAUGAGUACUGUAUGAAAUUUUAAUUCUAUGAAAUCAAAUGCUAUAAAAGUAUUGCCAAAUGCUUUUGCCUAUCAAAAACAAGUUUAUAAAUAUUUUUAAAACAUCUCAAUGUACUAAAUCUUAUCCUGGUAAACAAAUGUAAUAUUCUUUCAAAAAGCUGUAUACCUAAAGCAAUUCAAGUACUCAUAAUA